GUAAUGCCUCUGACAACUCCCGUCCCUCCUAACAAGAGGAAGAAGGCCAACAAGAUCAUCACUGACCUGUCCAACAUCAGCCAGGAUGAUGACGAGUCCGACCCCGAGGCCUCUGAGUUCGACCUGGGCACCAAGAUCAAGACGCCCAAGGACGUGAUGCUGGAGGAGCUUUCGCUGCUCAAGAACAAGGGCUCCAAGAUGUUCAAGAUGAGGCAGCAGAGAGUCGAGAAGUUCAUCGUCACCAACGAGAACCUGCAGAACCUCCAGAAUCUGCUGAUGUCUCCUCCAACUCCUCCCCCCAAGCCUGAGAUGCCCAAGGAGGAAGUGGUGGAGGAGAAGGUGGACGAGCAGGCGGAGAAGGAGAGGAGGAGGAGGGAGUAUGUUCGCACCUACGUGUCGCCAUGGGAACGGGCCAUGAAGGGCAACGAGGAGCUGACAGCCACCAUGAGGGCCAGUAUGCCAGGACCCAUCCUGAUCCACGGUGACCUGCCUCACUUCAAGAGCUUCAACAGGACGGCACUGCCUUAUGGCGGCUACGACAAGGCCUCCAAAAUGCUGACCUUCGAGCUCCCAGAACUCAACAUGACCCCCGAGGAGCCGGAGCCCCUGCCCACCCUGCAGGCCGACAUCCGCUCACGGCCCUCCUUCAACCGCACGCCCAUCGGCUGGGUGUGCAGCGAGGACAGCACACACAUCCACAUGGACCUGGACAACAUCCCCUUUGACGGAGAGACGGACGAUCUGUGA